ACCGCUGCUGCCCUCGAAGCGCUUCUUGUUUGUCCCUUCGCAGUUGCCGUAUGUCAUUGUUCACAACAAUCAUGGCGUCCUCAAUGUCACUGCUCGGUUUAGGACGUUUAACUGCCCUCAAUACAGCACGUAGAAUACUCUUGAACCCUACCAGGUCUACAAGCACAUCAACAUGGAGGCUGUCAGUGAAUAAAGGAACAGAUACGCUACUUGUUCCAGAAAACCAGAAAUUGGACCUCUCUCCCUUGUCUGGAGUUCCAGAGGAGCAUAUAACAACUCGCAAGGUCCACAUUUUUGUCCCGACCAAAAGCGCCAUGCAGUCUGGUAUCAACGGCACCAAAAAGUGGAAGAUGGACUUUGACACCAGAGAUCGCUGGGAGAAUCCACUGAUGGGCUGGGCCUCCUCAGCUGAUCCCUUAUCUAACAUGGUGCUCACAUUCUCCUCGAAGGAAGACGCAAUUGCUUUUGCAGAGAAAAAUGGUUGGAGCUACGAUGUGUCAGAGAAGAAGAGCUCCAAGCCCCGGGUGAAAUCGUACGGCGCAAACUUCUCCUGGGACAAGAGGACCAGAAGGUCCGCUAAAUAAACAACUAAAGUCACACAUCUGUUAGUUGGCUUGACCCCGCCCUGUCCUCGUAUCAUUCUUGACAAUAAAUAUAUAAUUAUAUACUUGAAACUCAAA